AUGGAGAGUGGGGAGGGGAUAAGGAAGAAUCAAACCUUGAUAUGUGCACCAUUAAUGGCUGACACAGUGGAUCAAGUGGUGGAGUUGAUGCACCAGGCAGAAUCGAAGGGAGCUGAUAUUGUGGAAAUUAGGUUGGAUCACUUGAAGAGCUUUAACCCUCGUGUGGAUAUCGAGAAGCUAAUCAAAGCAUGCCCUUUGCCAACUCUAUUUACUUACAGACCUAUUUGGGAAGGUGGUCAGUAUGAUGGUGACGAAAACAGUCGUUUCAAUGCACUUAAAUUGGCCAUGGAGUUGGGAGCUGAUCACAUUGACAUUGAGCUAAAGGCUGCUCACGAGUUCAACAGUUUCUUGCGUGGAAAUAAGCCUGAAAAGUGCAAAGUUAUCGUUUCUUCGCACAAUUACGAUAAUACCCCGUCAGCUGAGGAACUGGGGAACCUGGUUGCUAGAAUUCAAGCAGCUGGGGCUGACAUAGUCAAAUUUGCCACAACUGCAACAGAUAUCACUGAUGUUGCGCGGGUUUUCCAAAUUACAGUCCAUUCUCAAAUACCAAUAAUUGCCAUGGUUAUGGGUGAAAGGGGACUCAUAUCGAGGAUACUCUGUCCUAAAUUUGGUGGAUACCUCACGUUUGGCACUCUCGAGCCAGGAAAAGUAUCUGCACCUGGACAACCAACAAUCCAAGAGUUGGUUGACUUGUUCAACUUUAGGUUGAUUGACUCUCAUACAAAGGUAUUUGGUAUCAUAGGGAAGCCGGUUUAUCACAGCAAGUCACCCAAGCUGUAUAACACAGCUUUUAAAAAGCAUGGAUUCAAUGGAGUGUUUGUGCAUUUAUUGGUGGAUGAUGUUCAGAGAUUCUUUGAGACAUAUUCCUCGCCGGAUUUUACUGGUUUCAGCUGUACGAUUCCUCAUAAGGAAGUGGCUCUCACUUGCUGUGAUGAAGUUGAUCCCGUUGCCAAGUCGAUAGGAGCAGUUAAUUGCAUCAUCAGACGGCCUAAUGACGGGAAGCUGUUUGGUUGUAACACAGACUACAUUGGUGCAAUUUCUGCAAUCGAGAGUGGCCUUCAAGCUUCACAUGGAGCAAGUGGGACCGGGUCACCUUUAGCGGGUAAGCUGUUUAUAGUGAUUGGUGCUGGAGGUGCUGGAAAGGCACUUGCUUAUGGUGCUAAAGAAAAGGGUUCGAGAGUUGUGAUUGCUAACCGUACUUACGAUCGAGCUAGAGAACUAGCUGACCUUGUGGGAGGGCAGGCUUUGUCUCUGGCUGAUCUGAGUAGCUUCCAUCCCGAGAAAGGGAUGAUACUUGCAAACACAACUUCUAUCGGGAUGCAACCGAGAGUUGACGAGACACCUGUUCCUAAGGAAGCUCUGGGAUCUUACGAGCUCGUAUUUGACGCGGUUUACACCCCCAAAAUCACUAGGCUCCUUCGUGAAGCUGACGAAAUGGGAGCGAAAAUCGUGACAGGUGUCGAAAUGUUCAUCGGUCAGGCUUAUGAACAAUACGAGAGGUUCACUGGCUUGCCGGCUCCAAAGCACCUGUUCAAGGAAAUCACGAAAGAUUACUGA